ACGCCCGCAAGGGUUUCUCGCCUCGCGCCCCUACACUUUGAGAGCUCUUCUCAAAGCUACGAUCAGAGCUUCUGCUCAAUCCUCUACUCCAUAACUUUUCUCCUCACACACAGAGAGAGAGAGAGAGAGAGAGAGAGAGAGAGAGAGAGAGGAGAGGAGAGAUGGGGAGCGGGAAGAGAAGCGAUUACUCGCCGGAGGAGAUACCGAGCUUCGCUCAGAUUCCGACGAGUUUCGGCCACGAGCUCCGGGCUUGCCUUCGCUGCCGUCUCGUCAAGACCUACGAUCAGUUCAGAGAGUCAGGCUGUGAAAACUGCCCCUUUUUGGAGAUGGACAAGGAGCAUGACAAUGUCGUAAACUGCACCACUCCCAAUUUUACCGGGAUAAUUUCAGUCAUGGAUCCAAGUAGAAGCUGGGCUGCUCGCUGGUUGAGAAUUGGAAGGUUUAUCCCUGGGUGUUACACUCUGGCGGUCUCAGAGGAGCUUCCAGAAGAAUACCAGACUGUUUGUGCUGAUAACAACGUGCAGUAUGUGCCUCCGAAGCGUGCUUAGCUGGUCACAUGCCUGUCUCUCGCAGCAUGGAUGUUAAUCUACUUUCUACUUUGAGCCUUUCGUUGGAUGGUAUCUAAUUUUGUCCCACAACUUUUUGGGUUUUUGGAAUUAGGAUUUCCAAGCUAUUCAGAUGUGGCACCAAACAAGACUGGAUGAUGUAUCCAAUCUUACAUUACUUCACUCAAACAACUAUCUAAUGGCUUUUAAGAUGCUUCAAUUUUAAUGCAGAAGCAUAGUGUAGCUAUCAACUUGCUGCCUCAGGAUUUAAUAGUAUCACUUUUUAGAAAUAGUCUGAAUGUUGGAAGUAUCCGUACCUGUAAAUUCAACUGUAAUUGACUACUCUUUUUUUUUCAAUUGCAUUAUCGACCUAUUAGUUGUUUGCA